UACUUGGUAGUUGCUGUUUGUGUCGAUGUGUCAGUCUGAAGCUUUCAAUACCUUGGAAGUUUGGAACUCCAGUAAGACAUACAUGAAUUCAUAGCUUACCUAACCGGCUUGGUCAGCCGUAUAAUGGAUGCUUUUUGAUUUCCCAAGGUAAUAACAGUAGCACCAAACCGGAAAAUGGCAAAAGUAGAUAGUGUAUGGGAGAUUACUAUAAGACGUGGCACAAUCAAAACGUUAUAAUGUCCACGAAAUUAGCUAUGAGUUGUGAAACCCCGUAUUUGGAGUUGUGAAAUCCCGUAUUUGGAUGAUUGUUUUAUAGUUAAUAGUGAGCAGUUUGAUGCGUUACAACUGGUGCAUCAAUCACUUUGGAUAUAUAUGGCUGAUAUCAGGAGAUUGAGAGAGAGAGAGAGAGAGAGAUCAAGCCGCGGAGGUGAAUUGUUGGCAUAGAGAGAAAAGCAGAAAGUGAACUGAAGACGACAAAGAACGAUCAAACUGCUUUAUGUCAAAACGAUUAUGGACGUCUAAACGCCAGUAGGCCUAACUUGGAACUCCUCUGGUUGCUUUUAAAAACAUGCAACAGUAAGCCCACAUGCCGUUUGUUUUCGAGUGAGGCUGGCUCGAGAAGUAAAGCUACGUUAAUUUUCAGUAAUUAAUCGAUUAUGGUGGGAUGCGAUCAGGAUGACAAAGAACGUAGGACCCUAUGGAAGGACCAAAAACCACGCCUUUGCAGAAUUGCCGAGAACCAUUUGUUGUCCAUAUUCCCAUAACAUUAUUCAUCUUUACCACAUGUGAUUAAUCUAGGCUGCAUAAGGUUCUAAAAGGGACAUAUUAGUAGAUAUAGGCUAGCUUGUGCUCCAAUAAGAGACUUAUUGAAUAUAGGCUAGCCUAGGCACUCAUAAGAGACUUAUUGAAUAUAGACGAGCACAGGCCCUAAUAAGAGAUUUAAUAGGUCAAAGCUAGAUUAGGCCAUGAUAAGAGACAAUAAGUAUAGGCUGUCAUAAGAGACUUAAUAAAUAUAAGCGAGCUAGAAUAAUAAGAGACGUAAUGAACCUAGACUAGCCUAGGCUCGGAAAGAAACCAGCUUCUGUGGAAGGGCCUUUACUAACCUAGGGAACAACUGUAGUACCGUGAUCACUGAAUGAUCCUUGGCUUAGCUUUGCCUAAUCCACAGCAUUGCGUUAGUCCAGCCAAGUAACGACGAUAAUCAAUAAGAUCCCAGAGCUCCUGUCGCAAGACGAUUGUGAAAAGCAAAAGUUUCAAGGAGAAUGAGAAAUGCGAAAGGUUGGACUCCAAUAACCCACCCAGGAGGAAAGCCGUCGCCCUUUCCGGCUGAUGCCGUUGAAGUCUUCUCAAGAUGUUAACAGAAAUAGCCCUAUUUUUGGUGGUUCUGGUUUUAUUGCUUCUGCUGAGGAAUAAGGAUCCACCAGGAUUACCACCGGGUCCAAUACGUUGGCCAAUCAUAGGGUCCUUUUUCUUCCUACGCAGACUCGAGGACUACUUGGCGAUACGUGACAAGUUUGGCGAUGUUGUAAGGCUAGGUGUAGGUGGGUGCAAUUUCGUACUCAUACACAGUUACAAAUUGGCCAGGGAAGCCUUCUCUAAGUACGAGGUGACUGAUCGUCCCCCUUGGAAAGUCAUAGAGCAUUUAGGCGACGGCAAACCAGGAAUAAUCGGCAGGAACGGAGAAGGCUGGCUGCAGUCUCGCCGGUUCCACCUGAGGAACCUGAGAGACCUGGGCAUGGGCAAAUCGUACCUGGCCGACGCCAUCCAUCACGAAGCGAAGCUGAUGGUCGAGGACGUCCGCCAUUACACCGACAAACCGACCCCUUUCCCGCAGUCGAUCAGCGUUGCGGUCCUCAAUGUCAUUUGGCAACUUGUUGCUAGCCGUCGGUACGACUUGCACGACGAGCAGAUCCUGGAGCUCCUGGCGUUGAUCAAGGAAUUCCAGCAACAGGUGAAGUUCCUCAUUUUCCCCGAUUUCUUCCCGUGGUUGAAUUAUCUUCCCGAUAAAUUACUCCGGGUGUUGUUCAAGUACGAUAUGCGUGAAAAACGUACCGCCAGGGCGAAAGCGUUCGUGAAGGAGUUCAUCGAGGAUCACAAGAGGAACUUGGACCCGAGCAACCCUCGUGACGUCAUUGAUAACUAUCUGAUUGAGCUGGAUAGACAGAAUAGCGACUCUGACUCUGACGUGUUCAGCGAGGAGGAUCUGAUUAGGGAUAUAUUCGACCUGUUCGUUGCCGGAUUCGAUACCACAGCCACAACGAUCAGGUGGGCUUGUCUCUAUCUAGCUGCCUAUCCAGAGGUGCAGAAGAAGCUCCAGAAGGAGAUAGACGAUGUUGUCGGUCGAGACACUCUCCCGACUCUGCUCCACAGGCCCCGGCUUCCGUACGUCGAGGCCACUCUUCACGAGACGCUACGACUGGCGCCACUCACGAUUUCGGGUGCUCCCCAUCUCUGUACUGCAGACACACAAUUAGAUGGAUAUCACAUCCCAAAGGGAUCAGUGCUAUGUGCUGUCAUCUGUGCCAUCCACCACGACACUCGGUACUGGGAGCAACCUGAGAAGUUUUUCCCUGAACGUUUCAUAGAUGAAUCGGGCAACUUCUCAGCCCCCAAGGAGGGAUUCAUCCCAUUUAGCGUCGGUAGAAGAAGUUGUUUAGGUGAAGCCCUGGCUAGAAUGGAAUUGUUCCUAUUUGCUGCUGCCCUUCUACAGAACUUUAGUUUUGCCCCGCCAGAGGGCCGCGAAAUUGACCUCGAGCCCCUUGAUACCCCAGGCAUGGUGCUUCCUAAAGAGCAAGACAUCAUCAUCACAUCUAGAACCUGAUUUAUGGAAGGUCGCUGUGGGCUAAGGGUUUUCCCCUCUAUGUAAACUAAAUUCAGUCAUUCUCCCCUCUUCGGCAAAAUAUAACAAGAGGAAUUCGGGGUUUUCGUGUUGACAGUAGCGUUUUUCAGAUUCCUCUAAUCACCAGUCAUGUUACCAGAUAGGUGCAAUCAAGUGGCCCUUAUGGAGAAUACAAGUUGCCGGAUAAUGUUAUCUUGAAGCUGUAACUGUCAAGAUCGGUAGACCUUGGCAAUUGUAAUGGCCACACUUUAGUACUGCCGAAAGGUGCAAUGAUGAUCCAGGGGAAUAACUGUUUGUUGUACACGAGUGAAAUUGAUAGAGGUAGCUGUAAGAAUUUUAGGAUUUUGAUUUAAAAAAACGGAUGACGGGAGGUUUAGUAGGGAAAAAGCAGUGUGGCUUUAGACAAGAAAUUGUAAUUUUUGCAAGUGAUAAAAUGUUGAUCGUGGAUGGUUAUAAGAAGCAGCAGAAACUAAUGCAAGAGCUUGUGUAUGUUUGUCAAAGGAAAACUUGAAAGAAAUAUGAACAAAAGAAAGGUUCUGAGGGCAAAUGAAACCAGAAAGACAGAUCAGUGAGUUAAUAUGGAGGAUGGAAGAAUGAAGACUGUCGGUUCAUUAGAUACCUGAGGGUGAAUGUAACAUAUGAUAGUAGAGUAUUAGUGGAUGUGAAUGAAGGAAGGCAGCUGAACGCAUAUUAUGGUAUGGAAGUGAGAAAUAAUGUCGACAGAAGCCAAGGUGUAUUAUCAUGAAGGAUGGAAGUCGAAUAAUUUUCCAUAUA